UUCCCCCACGAGACAAUUCGGAUGGGCGGGGCUUGCUGCCAUGGUUACGCCUAAACCAAAAGUCGGGAUUUAUUUACAGGCUGUAUGUCUGUCUCGUCUGUCUCUCGCUCGCAAGCUCUGUUAUCGGCUCCGGGCUAACUUUGCCGCACAUAUGGCCUUCUUCGGUUUAACACACCUGGGUUAUCAAAACCCAAUAGGGGAUAAAAUGAUAGUGAAUCCCAGAGGACCGUCUCAGUUCUGGGAGGGUGAGAGAAACACCAGAGCAGGACCGCCUCCAUCUCAUCAAGAAGAACAGGGAACCCUCCGAUGUAAUGACACAUGCAGCGUUUACCACCAGCCUCUUCUCUACAGCGCUGACAUACACCAUGGGAGCCAUGAGCGGUACAGAGAGAUGGUCAAACGGGUUCAAACACCAAGGGCCCCUAACCAGCUGUACGUAGUGCCUCUAACGGACAGCCAGCAGUAUGGAUGGAUGAUGUCCAGGAGUCCUGAACCGUGGACUCAAGUCAAACGCUUUCCCCGAAAGAACAGUGAGAUGACAAAGUUUGUUAAAGAAAUGUCAGCGACCGACCCGGACUUCAGCCUAUUCUGACAGCCUUUCUUCUUCAGUUAUGUUACACAUACACAUGCACGCACACACACACGCAUGCAUGCACGCACGCAAAGCAGCAUCAGUUUUGAUGUGCAUUCCGGAGAUUAAAUUAAUAGCAGAGCCACUUUUUUGGGACAUUUUUCAUGCUUCUUUUGGAUUCUUUUUCUACUGUUUGUUUUUCUUUCAAUCAAAAAUCUAGUUUUAAUGUAAGCUAUAUUUUUACACGAGCUAUGAGUAACCAACUACCACUCUAAAACAAUAUUUCUUUAACCCUUUUAGCUCCUGACUUUUAUAAAGGAAGAAUGAACGUGUAAAUAUACAGAUUUAAGGCUGCUUAUUGGCAAGUAAUUUAGAGCAAUUUUUCUGUGUUAAACAAGCAAUAAAAAUGUACGAACUACCACAUUUUUAUUUUAUAAGUCAAGAUCAAGCAGGAUCCAGACCUGCAGGUUCAAAGGCACCACUGGAGUGGUUCAGAUGGAGCGUGAGAUUGUACUCCCCUCUAGAGGAAACAAAAAUAACUACUUCUGAAUUUUGGAGAUAGUGGUCUUCAUGCAAGUUUUCAAAACAGACGUCUUACCAGAUGCAUAGCAGAUGCACUGGUUUGUCUUAAAUAGAGAGACACAACAGUUUGGAGAUUGUUGUUGUUG